AUGACUAUUUCGAAAAACAUGCUCGUUAUUUUUGUUUUCCUCUUCCUCGACGUCGUAACUGUGAGUAUGAUUCUACCAUGGAUGCCUUCUCUUUUGGAAACAUACGAGUCUGAAAAAGAAUGGUUUUAUACUUUGUCCAAAAAAUAUAUCCAAUACCUGGGUUUUGUUUUGGGAUUUCAAGAAGGUUCUACAUGGGACAGAGUAUUCAUUGGAGGCCUUCUGUCGUCAUUAUCAUCUUUGGUGCAAUUUGUAUCGUCGCCUGUAGCCGGAGCUUUAUCAGACUAUUUUGGCAGAAAAUCGGUCUUAGUUGUCCUUCAGGUAUCGCUUAUAAUUGUUAAUGUUCUCUGGUCAGCGUUGGGUAAGUCAUUUCUGUGGCUACUGAUGUAUCGUGUAUUAUGUGGUGCUGCACGAGCAAAUGUCGGUGUUGUAUCAGCACUUGUUGGCGAUAUCAGCAGUGAUACGUUGCGUACUAAAGGAAUGGCGGUUGUUGGCCUGGCUUAUGGUAUCGGAUUCACUGUAGGACCACCAUGCUCAGUUAUCUUACUUAGCCAGUGGAAAGUACAUACAUCAACUGAAUACUUGAGCUGUAUGCUGGGUUCUACGUGUUUGCUUCUUAAUUGUGUAAAUCUCUUAAUCUUGAUUUUUGCUCUGCCGAGUACAUUACAAAAGGGCGGAAAUAUCGGUCUAUUAAUCAACCAAGCAGUACGUUUGAUAAAUCCGGUGAAGUUGUUUUCACUAACUGGCACAACGAAAUGUACUAAAUCUCUGAUCAAGGCAGAAUUUCAAGCCUGCUUUAUACGUAGCUUCAAACUUGGUGGAGAAGACAAAGCCAUUACAUGGAGUUCUUGCUGUUUGAUUUUGGCGUCUGCCAUUUUCAGUUUCGCCACAAAUAUUUUCGUUUUCUAUAUCGGACUAGCUUUAUAUGCAUUUGCAUCCUCCAUCUUCUUUCCGAGUGUAAACGGUUUGGUUUCUUUGUACACUACUGCAGAACAACAAGGGCAAACGUUGGGUAUAUUCCGUUCACUGAAUGCAUUGGCUCGUGUCAUGGGUGCGGUGAUUGUUACUACAGUUUUUUGGAUUUAUGGACCCAACAUAACCUAUAUGUUAUGUACUGUCUUCUUAACUUUACUGCUUACUUACAGGAAAAUUACUUCAGUAGUAACUAAAUGUCAGUCCAAACAAACGUACAAGGAGGAGUAAAUCAGCAACAGACCAUCAGGGUAUCCUUUUCACAAACUGCUGUACAGCUACUGCUAAACAGGUUUCUUUGUUAAUAAUUGACUCAGAAUAUCAUGUACCAUCACCGACAAUUUCCCAAGUAGUUUGAUAAAUGCCAUUGCUGUUAAAAUUAACCAAAUUCUUUUAAAAUUAAAUCAGUG